AGAAAACCCUGUUUGAAAACGUCUCCUGGUGGUACCAUCAGAAAUGUCUUCCUUAAGUGGGAAGGUCCAAACUGUUUUGGGCCUUGUGGAGCCAAGCCAACUGGGCCGCACCCUGACCCAUGAACACCUGACCAUGUCUUUCGACUGCUGCUACUAUCCGCCUCCUCCGUGCCAUGAAGCUAUCUCCAAGGAACCAAUUAUGAUGAAAAAUUUAUAUUGGAUUCAGAAGAACCCUUAUUCCCAUAAAGAGAACCUUCAUUUGAAUCAGGAAACGGAAGCCAUAAAGGAAGAGUUGUUGUACUUUAAAGCUCAGGGUGGAGGGGCUGUGGUGGAGAACACGACUUCUGGGAUUAGCCGAGACGUGCAGACGUUGAAGAGGCUUGCAGAAGAGACUGGCGUCCAUAUCAUAUCUGGAGCUGGGUUUUAUGUGGGCGCAACUCACUCUGCCGAGACCAGAGCCAUGUCAGUGGAGCAGCUUACCAGUGUCCUUAUUAAUGAAAUUCUCCAUGGAGCUGAUGGAACCAGUAUCAAGUGUGGUGUUAUUGGAGAAAUUGGUUGCUCCUGGCCUUUGACUGAUAGUGAAAGAAAGGUUCUUCAGGCAACAGCUCAUGCUCAAGCCCAGCUUGGUUGCCCUGUUAUUAUUCAUCCUGGACGGAAUCCAAGUUCACCAUUUCAGAUUAUCCGAAUAUUGCAAGAAGCAGGUGCAGACAUCUCCAAAACAGUUAUGUCACACCUUGAUAGGUCUCUCCCCAGUAAGCAGGAGCUACUGGAAUUUGCUCAACUUGGCAGUUACUUGGAAUAUGAUCUCUUUGGCACUGAACUCCUUAAUUACCAACUCGACCCGGAUACUGACAUGCCAGAUGAUAACAAAAGAAUUAGACGGGUGCGUCUUCUGGUAGAUGAAGGCUAUGAAGAUCGAAUUCUGAUGGCCCAUGACAUACAUACGAAACACCGGCUGAGGAAAUACGGAGGUCACGGCUAUUCCCAUAUACUCAGCAACAUUGUCCCUAAAAUGUUACUUAGAGGAAUAACUGAGGGCACGCUGGAUAAGAUUCUGGUAGAGAACCCUAAGCGAUGGCUAACUUUCAAAUAG